AUGCCUAACUUUCCGCCCACUGUCUACUAUCGGGAUACCUAUGGAUUCGAUGAUCGACCCAGUGAAUCGGAUAAUGAUAGUAUUACUACGAAAUCAACAGAUAGUGUUCUUCCAGUAACAGUCCGUACAACAUACAACAUAAAUCCCGGUGGUGGUGGAGGAAUGGCUGUCAACCCAACAUAUCAACAGAUUCAUAAUCGAAAUAUGAAUAAUGGAGAUUCUUCGAAAAUGAUGAAUUAUUCACAUGUCUCUAACUCAUUUCAUGUUGAACAACUUGUCACAUCAAAAAUCUUGACACCCAACCCCAGAACAAUUCUGAUAUGUGUUCUGAUUGCAGCAGCCAGUGCUAUUCAAUUAAUGAUAUUCGCAAUGAUUGCCGUAUUCUACGAUGGUCCGUUCCCAUGGCCUCUUCUAUUAUGUUUUCUGAUGUUAUGUAACUGUUUGGUGAUAUUUAUUUUUAUCAGAUGCCAACCGACUAGGGCUUGGCUGUAUGCCAGUCUGAUCGCGGCUGCUUUAUCGUUCCUUGAGUGCACUGGUUUAUUCUUCUGGACUGCGCUACUCAUCAGCGACGAGGAAAAAUAUCUCGAAAGUGUUGGUGCAAAUGAUAAUCGUAUUGUUACGAGUACUCGCAUAGCGAUGUAUAUGUGUCAGAUGUUGUUUGGGCCGAUUCAUUUGAUAGUCUGUGGUCUCAUAAUCUGGAAACUACAAGCUCAACUUUCACCUUCUGAUGACGUGGUGAAUGGAUAUUUCUUGAGUGAGCCCGAACUCGGACAUCAGAAAAUCCUGGUACCCAUUGAACUUCGUCAGAUCAGAGAUCAAAGUGACGAUGAGACCGAGAACGCGUCCAUUGGUGUUCAGACGGGCGGAUCAAGAAAUAAUUAA